UGCGGGCCGGCGACGGCGGCAGCAGCAUCAAAGAGCCCCGAUUCCUGCCGCCCUGGGAGCCAUGCACUGCUGUCUGUAAUGUCAGCGGAACAGGAGAAGGACCCCAUCGCUCUGAAGAGAUCCCGAGGUGGUGACAGUGGAUUGGAUGGGUUAGGAGGACCAGGAGUACAACUUGGAAGCCCUGAUAAGAAAAAGCGCAAAGCAAAUACACAGGGGUCAUCAUUUCCUCCUCCAUCUGAAUAUGCUCCACCGCCGAAUCCAAGCUCUGACCACCUUGUAGCUGCAAAUCCAUUUGAUGACAACUAUAAUACUGUGUCUUAUAAACCACUUCCUUCAGGAAAUCCAUAUUUUAGUAAUCCUGGUUAUCCUGGCUUUGGAGGAUAUAACACUUUCAGAAUGCCACCUCACAUGCUGCCCAGAGUGUCCUCGCCAUAUGGUGGUUCUUACUCCCUCAGAAACCAACCACAUCCCCUUCCUCAAAACCCUGUGGGAAUGGGUUUUAGUCGACCCCACUCUUUCAGCUUUGGUCCCCAUGAUAACCCAGGUUUUGGGAAUCAACCACCUUAUAGUAGUGGUCAGAUAAAUCAAAAUGUCAAUAUGCCUGGUCAGCAUUUCAGACCAAAUCCUGGUGAGAACUUUGGCCAUUCUGGUCACAUACCUCACCCUGAUGUGCCAUCUAACUUUGGUCCUGGAAACAAUCCAAAUUUCCCAAAUUCUCAGCUAGAGUCAAACCAUUCUUUUGUUCCUCCACCAAACACGUACAACCAGACAAAAUCAUCAGCACAAAAGCAAGACUUUAGUCAAGGUGCAAGCAAACCAGCCAGCCAGAACACUGCUGCUCAUCAGCAUCAUCACAGGACAGAGGACAUUGUGAGUCAAGGUAACAGUGACCUAAAAAAUGUUACUCGAAACAAUGUGGUAAAUCAGGAUAAUAGCCAUUCUAAUAGUGCUGAUAACACUAAUGCUGGCCAUUCAAAUGGGACUCAGAGUAAGUCCCGCCAGCCUCGAGGUACUGCUGAAGGAUGCAACUCUGAAAAGAGCAGCAAAACACCCCUUCAUCCCAGUCGUCAUGGUCACUCGUCCUCUGAACCUGUCUAUCCAUGUGGAAUUUGUACACAUGAAGUUAAUGAUGAUCAGGAUGCCAUCCUGUGUGAAGCCUCUUGUCAAAAAUGGUUUCAUCGGAUCUGUACAGGCAUGACUGAGUCCGCUUAUGGCCUUCUUACAGCAGAAGCAUCGGCAGUAUGGGGUUGUGAUACUUGCAUGGCUGACAAAGAUGUCCAGUUAAUGCGUACCAGAGAGACUGCAGGACCACCUGCGUUGAAUACGGAUGGCUAACAAUGUGAAUUGGUGGUGGUGGUUGAAAUACUUGCUAUGAAGAUUUGGUUACAAAUUGGGUACUUCACUUUCUGCAGACAAUCAGUUGUGUUUGAUUGCUGUCAUCUUUUUCUCCCUAAUCUGUUUUCAUUCAUAAACUUCCAUCUCAGCUUUGGUACUCUUAGUUUUAUGUGUUGAAAUUUUUUACAGGAUGGAAUACUUUUUUGUUUCUGAUUAAACUGUAAAACAUAACUGACAACUGAUCUGAAGUAGGAUGUGCAUUGACAAUUUUAUUGAAGGCAAAAAUGUGCCUGUAUGAAUACCCCCUAAUUUGCUAGUGUUAAUGUGUUAACUAACACUAGCAUUUAGUGCUUGGUUUUAAUGGUACUAUAUUUGCGAGUACUCAUUACAUUUCAUUUUUUUGGGAUGAAUAUCCAUUACUGAUGUUCUUGCUAUCCUUUCUUUGAAUAUCGUUGAGAUGACAUGGAGGAAUGUGCAGUACUAAUAGUUUUUAUUUUAGGGAAAAUACAGAGAAUUUCCUGUGUGCUUUUUCCUAUUUUUGAAGUAAAGCAUUAACACACUAUUCAAAAAUUGAUGACUUGAUGCUUAGUAGCACAGUGAAACCCAAUAACUUUUACACAUAUAUAUUUUCUUGAAAAGGCAGUGAUCUUUUUUGAGUUCUCAACAAAUACUUACUUGCUGAAGAUUCUUGCUAAGUCUUGCAGUAUUUGGAAGUAGUUCCAAAAUAUGAUUACGUUGGAAAAAGAACGCAUCAAAGUUAUGAAGUCCAGUGCUUUAAGUCUAGAGAAUACCAAAACUAGGGUUGCAUAUGUAACCUUAAUUCAUUUAUCUUAAGCACAUACACUAGGAUACAGUCUUUGCAUCUGUCAUGGUUGUGCAGUCAUGCACAUUUCUCUCAUCCUUUCUGAUAGAUGGUUCUAGUUUCCUGCCUCAGUGCUGCCUGAGAAUUGUGAAUGAAUUAGUGCAGGGAAAGUCCUGCCCAUCUUCUUGGGCUUCCAUCUAGAGCCUGCUCUGUCCUCCUGAGCUUACACAGUCCACUUGGCAUGAAGGAGAGCGCAAGGCAACGGAGUGUGCUCAGCACAGGCUCUGAAUUGCAAGAUAAUUUGUCCAGCAAAGUCUUAAAACUGAAUUCCCACCACUGUCUCAGCCAGCUUUCACAUCAGAUGAGUUUAGCUCACAUCAGGAGCAAGUAAUCAUAAGUUUAGCUUCUUGAUAUCCUACUGACAAGUAUAAAUGGCACUAGAGUUUCAUGUGUGAUGCUAAGAAUUCUGUUUUAAUAUGGGUAAUUUGAUCUUAUUCUUGUUCUCAAAAAUACUCUCUCCCCCCCCCCCCCCCCCCCCCCCCCCCUUUUAGUGUGGGGAAACGUCUAGCUGUGAAGACUUCAGCCUUAGCAAUGUGAUAAAGUUGCAUAUACAACUGAAAAUGAUUAUUUCUGUAGAGAGAAGUGUUGUUUUAACUUAAUAAAAGGUGUCACUGUAAUAACAGACUCUGCUUAUAAUACUCACUACUGUGCUGGAAACUUACAGUUUUUAAACAGUCAGCAAUUAAAUCAUGUCAAGCAUUA